GUUUGAAUCCAUGAGCGCGGUGGCUCGGAGCUUGCUCAGGAACAGCUUCGUGUCUGACUCCCCUCUCGAAGCCCCUCUGUCGGAGGGCGAGAUACACGCCAACUGUCUUGAAACAUGCGUCGAUGGUAUCCGGAGAGGUCAUCGCGACCGUUUCUACUGUCCGUUUUCGUCCAUGUGCAGCUCAGGCUUUGUGACACUUGAAGAACUACACCUUCAUAUCCACAAGAACCAUCUCAUAUGUAUGCUAUGUCACGGAACUCCGGCUCUGAACGGUGUCCCUCGAUACCAGGACGUAGAUGCAUAUGCAGAACAUUUUCGAACGAAACAUAGGAAAUGCGUGUUUACGGACUGUAGCCGUCAUUUCCCUGACCACAACGCACUACUGCAACACUAUAAAUAUAAACAUCCUCUUCAGUGUUGUUUGCGAUGCCGCAUAAUACCUCUGCCAAAAUUCAAUGGCCUCACAAUACGACAGGUUUUGUGCAAAGAAUGUGCAGUUAGAGUCUUCGUCCGAGCCCCAAUCAUGCUCGAAAUUCCCUAUGGUCACGAUGUCUUCGGAGACGUAGAGGAACGAUUCUGCAAGGAUUGGAGCCACCGAUCUCCAACACCCACCGUUAUAAAGGUCUGGAAGAUCUUUGGUAGGAAGGUCUAUGUGGAUAGGUACAAUGCCUACAAGAAACAGGUCACACAGGCCUCUGCUUGCAUCAAUGGCAAUGCGCGUAGACGAUGGCAUGGAACCACUCGGAAAUGCCGUCUCGGAGAGGAUCACUCAGUGGGUAUUAUUUGUGAUGAUCCCCAAUGUUCACUGUGCCGGAUCAUCGAGACAAAUUUCGACGUCUGGAAGUCUGGUACAAAAACUGGCUGGGGUCGAUUUGGAAAGGGGGUAUACACGUCAUCGACGUCCUCCAAGGCGGACAGUUAUGCCAAUGACUUCGGUGAUUCACCGUACCGCACGAUGCUUCUGAACGCAGUAAUCCUAGGACGUAGCCUGGAACUCGUGAGAAAUGAUCCAACCCUACAACAGCCUCCGGCAGGAUACGAGUCUGUUACGGGCGUACCGGGUGGCGACCUCAACUAUGAUGAGUGUGUGGUGUAUGAUAAUGACGCGAUACGGCCCAUGUACCUCGUUGUUUACCGUCCUUCAGCGAUCUGAACUUCGCGGACAUUGGGUCUACACAAAGGCAAGCCCAUGAGGGUCGGGACUCAUCUGGCGUAUCUUGUUGUAACCAGACCACUAUAUAUACAAGGACCUACAAAGGUAGCUGGAAUUCGC